AUGAUACUGAAAGUCCCCAUCUUGCAGGAUGUCCACGCCACACCGGCCGCCCACGCCACGCCGGCCGCCCACGCCACGCCGGCCGCCCACGCCACGCCGGCCGUCCAUGCCACGCCGGCCGCCCACGCCACACCGGCCGUCCACGCCACACCGGCCGUCCACGCCACGCCGGCCGCCCACGCCACGCCGGCCGCCCACGCCACGCCGGCCGCCCACGCCACACCGGCCGCCCACGCCACGCCGGCCGCCCACGCCACGCCGGCCGCCCACGCCACACCGGCCGUCCACGCCACACCGGCCGUCCACGCCACGCCGGCCGCCCACGCCACGCCGGCCGCCCACGCCACACCGGCCGCCCACGCCACGCCGGCCGCCCACGCCACGCCGGCCGCCCACGCCACACCGGCCGCCCACGCCACGCCGGCCGCCCACGCCACGCCGGCCGCGCACGCCACGCCGGCCGCCCACGCCACGCCGGCCGCGCACGCCACGCCGGCCGCCCACGCCACGCCGGCCGCCCACGCCACACCGGCCGUCCACGCCACGCCGGCCGCCCACGCCACGCCGGCCGCCCACGCCACGCCGGCCGCCCACGCCACACCGGCCGUCCACGCCACGCCGGCCGCCCACGCCACACCGGCCGCCCACGCCACGCCGGCCGCCCACGCCACGCCGGCCGCCCACGCCACGCCGGCCGCCCACGCCACGCCGGCCGCCCACGCCACGCCGGCCGCCCACGCCACGCCGGCCGCCCACGCCACGCCGGCCGCCCACGCCACGCCGGCCGCCCACGCCACGCCGGCCGUCCACGCCACGCCGGCCGCCCACGCCACGCCGGCCGUCCACGCCACGCCGGCCGCCCACGCCACGCCGGCCGCCCACGCCACGCCGGCCGUCCACGCCACGCCGGCCGCCCACGCCACACCGGCCGCCCACGCCACACCGGCCGCCCACGCCACACCGGAGUCCACGCCACACCGGCCGCCCACAAACAACGGCCGCCCACGCCACACCGGCCGCCCACACCACACCGGCCGUCCACGCCACACCGGCCGCCCACAAACAACGGCCGUCCACGCCACACCGGCUGCCCACAAACAACGGCCGUCCACGCCACACCGGCCGUCCACGCCACGCCGGCCGCCCACGCCACACCGGCCGUCCACGCCACGCCGGCCGCCCACGCCACACCGGCCGCCCACGCCACACCGGCCGUCCACGCCACACCGGCCGUCCACGCCACGCCGGCCGCCCACGCCACACCGGAGUCUACGCCACACCGGCCGCCCACAAACAACGGCCGCCCACGCCGCACCGGCCGCCCACACCACACCGGCCGCCCACAAACAACGACCGCCCACACCACACCGGCCGCCCACAAACAACGACCGCCCACACCACACCGGCCGCCCACAAACAACGACCGCCCACACCACACCGGCCGCCCACAAACAACGACCGCCCACACCACACCGGCCGCCCACAAACAACGACCGCCCACACCACACCGGCCGCCCACAAACAACGACCGCCCACACCACACCGGCCGCCCACAAACAACGACCGCCCACACCACACCGGCCGCCCACAAACAACGACCGCCCACACCACACCGGCCGCCCACAAACAACGACCGCCCACACCACACCGGCCGCCCACAAACAACGACCGCCCACACCACAACGGCCGCCCACAAACAACGGCCGCCCACAAACAACGACCGCCCACAAACAACGGCCGCCCACAAACAACGACCGCCCACACCACACCGGCCGCCCACAAACAUUACGCUUUACACUAAGGAUCAAAAUUUCAGAGCGACAUUUGGGAACGGUUUCCGAAUGUUCUGAAAAGAGAAAUCGAAUCCUUUCUACAUGA